AUGAAGUCUAUAGAUUUGCAUAUUGUCUUUUUACUCUUAUUUCUCUUAAAGAAUGGGUCCUCCUACUCAAUUAAGGAGUCUGGUAUAUAUAUGCAAGGUAUUGGCAAGCUCUAUUCUUCAAGGAGCUCUGAUUCACAUGGUAGUGUAUACAUAUCAACUAAAGGGAAAGUAAUUAUGUUACAAGAUGAAGAUCUGAUUUGGUCUAUUGAUCCGGUUAACCCAAAAGACGAAGUUGUAGAUGUCAAAUAUAUUUAUGCACCAAAUUUAAAGAUAAUUCAAUUGUUAGUAAAUAAGGCUACAAAUAUACUUCAUAUCCGUCAAAUCAGUGUUGGUAUAUCUUCCAAAGUAGGUAUAGAUUGGUCCACCUAUUUAGGAAUAAGUUAUGAAACCAACGAUUUUUCUAUACCCAGGAUAACCUUGAUCGAUAAGACAAUAUAUAUAUUCACUAGAACUGGUCAACUUCUUGUUAUGGUCAAUCAAAAUAAUGGAAUAAUAUUAGAGAUAAAUAAAAUUUUGGAGAAUUUAAGUGAAAACUUUAUAUUACUUUUUAAAAAAAAGAGUAUAGAAGUUUUAACAUAUUCUUCUUCUUCUAGUGAAAUUAUACACUCUUAUUUGAACUCAACAAUAAAGGAUAAUAUGAAUAUUAUUAAUAGGUUCAAAAUACCAACUAGUAUACAAUCAAUUAUAUAUGAUUCAUCCAUUAUUGUAAAUAAGAAUGAAACAUGGACAUUUUCUUGCCUGGUAGUUAGUUCCAAUUUAAGAAUUCAAUUAUUAACUAUAAACUUAAGUAAGAAUUCGGAAGUAUCUGUACAUCUAAACAAUUUGGAUUUAGAAGUAAAUAUGAAUCAAAUAAAACCACUAAAAUUAACAAAUUUUGCUGGUGACAAAUUGGCUAUUACAUUAAACAAUAACACUAAUAUCCUCAAAGGUUUUGUGAAUUAUCCUGUAAUUUCACAAAAUAUGCAGAACCCUUUUAUUAUUUACAGUAAAGAAGGAGAUUAUUAUAACUUGUUCAGUUUAUCGUAUUGCGACUUGUCAAAAUCAGUUGAUAUCCAGGUAAUUUUAAAUUUUAAAUUCCAAGAAAGAAAUCAACCCUUAAAUUUUAACUUAAAAUUUGAUAAUAAAGCUAUUAAUCAUGGUAAUAUUCACUAUGUAUCAAUGAUAUCUAGUUCACGAAUAAUUAUUCAAUGGCAAGAUUACUUGAUUGGAAUUAUGGAAAUUGACUGUAAUAUUACAGGGUGUCAAGAUCCAAUUUGGAUAAAUUUUUACGAAGAAGGCUUUCUUCUCUCCAAAGCUCAGAAAAACAAAUAUACUUUGUAUACUCCAAUUGAUUAUAAAGAUAAUCCAAUAGAUUUAACAAAUCUGAAAAUAAAACAAAAUAUUUUAACUGCAAAGCAUAUUUAUAUGCCAGAAACAUUUAGAAAUGAAUAUAGUACUAAUGGUAAUUUAUUGUUUAUAAUUAAUACUGAAAUUAGGAGAGUUUAUGCUCUCAAUAUAACUAGUGGACGUUUGUUAUGGGUAAAUAGUAUACUCGAAGAUGUAGAAUUUGAACAAUCAAUGGUGCUAAAAUAUAAUAUUUAUCUAGUUGACUCUUCAAUAAAUAAUAUAUUGAAAAGUGAUAACCCAUUUUUAAUUGUAGCAGCUGGCUUAAAUAUAUACAAAAUCAAUAUCUUUAAUGGAGAAAUUAUGGACAGAAUUAAAGUAAAUAAAGUAAUUGGAGAUUAUAAGUUUGUAAUGAUAUCUUCAUAUAGAAAUAUUGGUAGACCUCUGAUAAAUCCCAAAUUAUUAAUUAUUGGAGAUACAAACAAGCCAAUACAAGUAAUUAACUUUGGACAAAAUCAUACAAAAUCUGAAUUUUAUUCGGAUAUAUUUAUAUUGUAUAAUAAGAGAUCAAUAUCUGGAUAUAUGUUGAAUAAAAAUGGAGAUAUAAAACAUAUAUGGGAGUUUACUUUGAACUUUAGCAGAGAUAGUAAUGAAGAAAUUGAAAUAAUGACUACUCCACAAUGUCCAGAUUGUAAGGGAAUUCCAGCAAUAGUAACUGUAGAUAGUGACAUUGUACAUAAAUAUGACAAUCCUAACUUGCUAUUUAUACUAAGUAACAAGCUAAAAGUGUUUAUUAUUGAUGGAUUAACUGGAAACCUUCACUAUACAACAGUACUACCAGAAAUAUUGAAGCCUCCAUUUACUGUAUCAUUUCAUUCAAAUAUCAUUAUACUUACAGCUUUUCAUUCAUUGCAUCAAACCCAAGUCAUCAUCACAUUUGAAAUGUAUUAUGAAUAUGAUAAAAGUGACAUUGAAUUGAAUUACUUAAAUAAGAUCAAAUCUGUAAUUUUAUAUUUUACUACUAAAGAACCAUCUAAAAUUUCAGAUUCAGAAAUUAUACAGAGAAAUCCUUUUGUUAUUCAAACUCAAAUACUAUAUCCAUUUGAGAGUCCAAUUACUUCUGCUACUAUAAGCAGCACAGCAGAAUCUAUAACUCCUAAAAUGCUUCUUAUUGCAUCCAAGCAAGGCGGAGUAAUUGAGGGUAUUCCAGAAGAAAUCAUAAGUUCUAGGCGUCCAAACCCAUUAAUUGUAAAGUCAGAGUUUGCUAAAGCUAUUGAAAUUAAGGAAUAUCCUGCAUAUAAACCAGUAGAGUCUACACACUUUAAAAUUCCUAUAAAUGUAUUUUCUAUAAAGGAAAUCAUUACAAUUCCUGAUAUAGGUUCUGAAUCUACAAGUAUUCUUGUAUGUUUUGGGACGGAUUCAUUAUUGGUCUUACCAUUCCAGCCAAGUAUCUCCUUUGACAGUCUCCCAAAGGACUUCAAAAAAUUCAAUAUUAUAGCUGUAUUACUUCUUUCUACAUUUAUUACAAUGGCCACUCUAAUUAAAUACAAAUUAAAAUCUGGUGAAAUAGGUUGGAAUUAA